UAUCAUCAGCCUUAGCACAACAUCUUCAACUUAAGCUGUGAUCGCAUUCUCCCAGGAAGGAUAAACGGCCUAGAAAGACAACCUACCGCUCCGUCUCGCAAAAGUGAGCUUGGUUGGUCAACUUGGCGACCACUUCGAUCACACCUCCAUCGAGCGGGCGGCCCUCCGCUCGGAUCCGAAAGUAAGACAAUGACUCGUCGGCGUCCUUCGACAUCGCCGACGGGCUCGCAGAGGCGUCGAUUAUCGGCUUCUGGUGUGAGGUCGAUAAAAUCUCGAGAGGUAGAAGACCCAUCGACCUUCAUUCAUACCACUGAGGAGAGCAACAGCAUGGCCAACGAAGACGCAAGAGAAGAGGCCCAGAGGAAGGGAUACGAGCCGAGCGUAGCGCCUUCCCUCGAGCCACGGGAAUCACAUGGAGGACGUCGCCGGACCAAGGUAUCCACCUGGGUGCCGUUCUCUGGCAUUAUUCGCGAUAUUCGGGCUAGAAUACCGUGGUAUGCCUCGGACUGGACAGACGCCUGGAACUACCGUGUCAUCCCCUCCACAUGGUUCAUCUUCUUUGCUAACUCUCAGGUCCUCCCCGGGUUGGCCUUCUCCCUAGACUUGAUAGAGAAUACGAAGCAGUACGGCGUGCAAGAAGUCCUUCUCUCAUCGUUCAUGGCAGCAUUCGUAGCCUCAGUUCUCGGUGGCCAACCACUCCUCAUCUCUGGCGUAACUGGCCCCAUCACAGUCUUCAAUAAGACCAUCUUUGACAUUUUCGAGGGGCGUGAUGACUUCAACUAUCUCCACUUCAUGGGAUGGGUGUACUUGUGGGGUGCUAUCCUGCACUGGGUGGCGGCAGCCAUGAAUGUGGUCAAAGGCCUCAAGUUCGUCACACGGUUUUCCUGCGAUACCUUUGGCUUCUACGUUGCCGCUGUCUACGUCCAGUACGGCAUCCAGACUGUGACCAGGCAGUUCCACCAGUCUUCGACUCCUGCAGCAUUCCUAGGAUUGAUCCUGGCGCUCGUUACACUCGCCGUGCCACACUACUUCAAUGCCCUCGCGCAGUCAGGUUACAUCAACAAACACUUUCGCCGCUUUUGUUCCGACUACGGCAUGCCGAUCACUAUUGUUGCUGCCACAGGCCUUGCAUACUGGGGUCGAUUCAACCCCUACGUCAACGAGGCGACAAUGACUCUGCCUACCACAAACGCCUCCUUCCAACCUGCCAACGGCCGACAGUGGCUGGUCCGCUUCUGGCAGCUAGAUGGCAAAUACGUUGGCAUGGCGCUCCCGUUCGGCAUCAUCCUUUUUAUCCUCUUUUACUUUGACGCCAAUGUCUCGUCUCUUAUUGCACAAGGGUCCGAGUUCCCACUGCGCAAACCGGCGGCGUUCCAUUGGGAUUUCUUCCUAUUGGGAAUCACUACCUUUAUUGCGGGCCUACUGGGUGUGCCUGCGCCCAAUGGCCUCAUCCCUCAAGCACCGCUGCAUACCGCGUCGCUUGUCGUCAUGGGAUAUGAGGGCAAAGAUGUAGAUGCCGACGAACACGCCCUCUCCGACCUGGAGGAUGGUCGGGCUGUUGGGCCGAGCCGAUCUCGAGGUCUUUCUGAGUCGAGCUUGGCCCGUCGUGUGUCGAGACUGAGUGUGGGAUCCCGCGGCUUGAGACACCGCCGUCAUAGUGUGCUUGAUGACCACCACGACCACCACCACGAGGAGGAGGUGCCUGUGGCAGUUGUCGAACAGCGAGUAUCCAACCUCGCCCAAGGGUGUCUCUGCCUUGUCCUCAUGACCAAGCCGUUUGAGCACGUUCUUGGGCUUAUCCCGAAGGGUGUCAUGGCCGGUCUUUUCUGGUACAUGGGGACGGACGCCCUCCUGACCUCGGGCGUGACGCAGAAGAUGCUGUACCUCAUUCGCGACCCACAGGCCUGCUCACCGUCAGACCCGCUCAACAAGGUCCGCAAGUCGCGAAUUGCACUGUUCACGUUGAUCGAGCUCAUUGGUUUUGGCGCCACAUUCGCCAUCACGCAGACGAUCGCCGCUGUAGGGUUCCCUGUGAUCAUCAUGCUGCUGGUGCCUGUGAGGUUGUGGAUUGUCCCUCUGCUAGGAUUCAGAGCGGACGAGUUGACGAUCCUUGACGGAGCUGUGGCAAGCCCAUUCACGAUGGAGUCGGUCGGGGCUUGAGAUGAUGCACAGACAGGACGCCUCAUUCCGCCACCAUAGAAGUCAUAGGGAGAUCUGAGGGGUGGAAGUGUAUUACGUCAUCGGUGUAUAUUUGA